AUGCGACGGGUUGUUUCUCAUCCGGCUUAUCGCGCCUCUGAGGAGAAGCCUGACGUUGGAAUCAACAGGCAUAUUGUAAGAGCAGCGCAUAAUGUGCUGCAAGGUGAUUGGUCAGUGAUAUCUGACUUAUACAUGUCAGCGCUUUCGCACGAGACAAGCAAGAGAGUGGGAGAAGCCCGUUUGGGUUCCGAACAUUCGGCGGUUUUGUGGCACCUAUCUACCUCGAGCUACUGUGCCCCACUGCACCUGCAGUUUUGGGGUUCGCAAUGCUGA